AUGAAGAUUCAGUGCAGCGUGUGCGAGGCGGCCGAGGCCGACGUCAUCUGCUGCGCCGACGAGGCGGCGCUGUGCCGGGACUGUGAUCGGAGAGUUCACGCCGCUAAUAAGCUCGCGUACAAACACCAGAGGGUCCCUUUAUCCAGCUCGUCUUCGCAGAUACCCAAGUGUGAUAUUUGCCAGGAAUCCCUCGGGUUCUUCUUCUGCCUUCAAGACCGCGCUUUGCUCUGCCGGCAAUGUGACGUGGCAAUACACACAGCGAAUAAAGCAGUUUCCGGCCACCAAAGGUUUUUGCUCACCGGAGUUAAAGUCGGCCUUGAUGCCGCCAGUGAAGAUGUGCCAUCCUCGUCUAACGGGAGAGAACAUUCUCUAUCUACCGACCAAAUUCCAGCACAAGAGCCUCGUCAUAUCCCUAAUGUGGGCCCACCAGCACAGUCAUCUGGUCAACAGGUACAGUCAGCAGGUCAACACAGUGGAAAUAAUAAUAUGCCCGUGCAAGGUAAUAAUAGUCUGGUCGGGGGUUACACGUCACCACCAAUGCUGACUUACGCCGGGGGCUCGGCCUUGGCUGGGAACAUUCCAGCGUGGCAGUUAGACGAGUUUCUUGAUCUCAGUGGCUACAAUCAGAGCUAUAAUAAUUUCAUGGAUGCUGGCUCAUCUAAGGCGGAUAGUGGGAAGCUGGGAGACUCGGAUUGCUCCUCGGUUUUACGGGCAGCUGAUGGAGAAUUGGAAGCCGACGAUUGUUUGGGCCAACUGCGUGACUCAUUUUGGGCCGUGCCAGAAGUUCCCUCACCCCCCACGUCAUCUGGGCUCCACUGGGCCCGUAAAAUCCAAGGCCCAUACGACUCGUCCUUCUUUGUGCCGGAAAUAAGUUCCCCUCGUCAGCAGGUUUCCCGUUAUCCUCUCACGGAAGGUGAUGGCUCCAAUAAGCGCACUAGGCGUUCAUGA